AUGUCGGGGCAGAGCCUGACCGAUCGCAUCACGGCGGCGCAGCACAGCGUGACGGGCUCGGCCGUCUCGAAGACCGUCUGUAAGGCCACCACGCACGAGGUGAUGGGCCCCAAGAAGAAGCACCUCGACUAUUUAAUACUGUGUACAAAUGACAUGAACGUAAACAUCCCACAGUUGGCAGACAGCCUAUUCGAAAGGACAACCAACAGUAGCUGGGUAGUAGUCUUCAAAUCUCUCAUCACAACUCACCAUCUCGUGGUUCAUGGAAAUGAGCGUUUUACCCAGUACCUGGCUUCCAGAAACACAUUGUUUAACUUGAGCAAUUUCUUGGACAAAAGUGGUUUGCAAGGAUAUGAUAUGUCUACAUUUAUUAGGAGAUAUAGCAGAUAUUUGAAUGAGAAAGCAGUUUCCUACAGACAAGUAGCUUUUGACUUUACAAAAGUAAAAAGAGGAGCUGAUGGAGUCAUGAGGACAAUGAAUACUGAAAAACUGAUAAAAACUGUACCAAUUAUUCAAAACCAGAUGGAUGCACUGCUUGAUUUCAACGUCAACAGCAAUGAACUCACAAAUGGUGUAAUUAAUGCAGCCUUUAUGCUCCUUUUCAAAGAUGCCAUUAGACUUUUUGCAGCAUAUAAUGAAGGGAUAAUUAAUUUGCUGGAAAAAUACUUUGACAUGAAAAAGAAUCAAUGCAAGGAAGCCCUUGACAUAUAUAAGAAGUUUCUGACUAGAAUGGCAAGAAUUUCUGAGUUUCUCAAAGUUGCGGAGCAAGUGGGGAUAGACAGAGGAGAUAUACCAGAUCUUUCUCAGGCACCAAGUAGUCUUCUGGAUGCUUUAGAACAGCACCUCGCCUCCUUGGAAGGAAAGAAAAUCAAAGAUUCUACCGCUGCUAGCAGGGCUACCACGCUUUCCAAUGCUGUUUCUUCCCUUGCAAGUACUGGCCUCUCUCUCACCAAAGUCGAUGAAAGGGAAAAACAAGCUGCACUAGAGGAAGAACAGGCCCGUUUAAAAACUCUAAAGGAACAGCGUCUAAAAGAGCUUGCAAAGAAACCCCACUCGUCUUUAACCACAGCCUCUUCCCCUGUGUCUAAUGCUGCAGGAAGUAUAAUGACCACCCCAGCUAUCGAUAUUUUUUCCACACCCAGCUCUUCAAACAGUUCAUCAAAGCUGCCAAAUGACUUGCUUGAUUUACAGCCAGCUUUUCACCCAGGUGUGCAUCCGAUAUGCUCUGCACCACAAGUGGGAGGGACCUGGGGAGAUCCUUUUGCGUCCACUCCCGAUGCCGUCGACGAUGCCAUUCCAAACUUAAAUCCUUUCCUCACCAAAUCUAGCGAUCACCUCUCUGUCUCCUCUGAUGUACUCUCUUCUUUCACUUCUAGGACGCCAACUCAUGAGAUGUUUGUUGAUUCUUUUUGUGGCCCACAAGCUUAUCCUAAUGCUUCCCAUUUCUGCAGUGAACCCUCAACUGUAGCUGGUCUAUUUGGAGGGUUUACAUCAUCUCCUGUUGCCCCAUCGCAGCCAUCAGCAGGCCUUAAUGUUGACUUUGAGUCUGUGUUUGGAAACAAAAGUUCAAAUGCAUUAGUGGAUUCUGGUGGCUUUGAUGAAUUAGGUGGACUCCUAAAACCAACAGUGGCUUUUCAUAACCAGAAUCUUCCAACUUGCAAAGCGCCACCCAAUAAGUUAGUAUUAGAUGACUUGGAUUCAUCUCUAGCCAACCUCGUAGGCAAUUUGGGCAUUGGAAAUGGGACAGCAAAAAAUGAUGUAAACUGGACCCAGCCAGGAGAAAAGAAACUAACAGGCGGUUCCAACUGGCAACCCAAAAUUGCACCCACCACUGCUUGGAAUGCUCCAACCAUGAAUGGCAUGCAUUUUCCACAAUACGCACCCCCUGUCAUGGCCUAUCCCGCUACAACGCCAACAGGAAUGAUGGGAUAUGGAAUGCCAUCCCAAAUGGGAGGAGUACCAGUAAUGACACAGCCAACUUUAAUAUACAGCCAACCUGUCAUGAGACCUCCAAAUCCUUUUGGUCCUAUAUCAGGAGCACAGCUGUCUGCUGCCUCCAGCCCAUCCACUCAGAGUCCACACAGACCUUCAGGAAAGGACCCCUUUGCAGAGGUCUCCCUGCAGGAUUUCUUGUAGGAUCCUUUAGGUAUUGCAUGUUCAUUUUGGGGAGGGUGGGAGGGCAUUGGCCACCUGGGAACAACCUCUUUCGUCGUCCCAGAGGGCCGCUCCCUGCCACAGUCGCAUCGAAAUAUCGUUCAUGUUGGCGAGGUCUGCGCAGAAUGGCACGUUUGAAUGGUUUGAUUGGAUGAGCAAACUUUCCCUGAUGGAGCAAAAUUUUAGCAUCGCCACUAAAACUCUGGAAACAAUGUUAUGUUGGUUGAAACUAAUGAAAUACGCACGUUUGUAUGCUGGAUGUGGAGGGACAUCUGAAUCAGAUCAGCAUCUGGUCUCUUGAGGUGCCUCUUUUGCUACGUUCCCAGGUGUGAUAAGUUGAGCCGCGUGUCCCACAGAUCUGAUUCUCUCCAGUUGUGUACGUUGAGCUACACGGAGAUCGUAAAUGGCUGGAUUCAAGUAUUAAUGUCAUUCUUCAAGUAUUAAAUCUUUUUCUUGUGUUAUUGGGAUCCCAGAAGAACAUUUUUUUUUUUUUUGGUUUACCCUUCCCUCACAAUUUUGGAUUUGCUUUGCAUUACAUUUUUGGUCUAAAGUCUCUCGACCAUCAACCAUGGCCUUUGAAAGAAAAUUACUACUUUUAAAGAUCCAGUUUGUGUUGUAGUUGCCAUAAAGCCAUUUUACAGUUGACCUCUCUAGUGCUUUGAUAAGUUGCCCCAUUUUGCCUGUAAUUCCAUUUCUGCAUCCAUCAAAGUUGCCACCCGUAUUUUAAAUCCCAUAUUGGGCUGAAGCGUGGCAUAAAUACAGCUGUCACAGCUAUGCCACAUCCUCCAUCUUCAUUGAAUGGAAACCAUUUGUGUGACUUAGGGCAGUUCUCCCUAAUAAUUUAUCCUUCAUUGUAGAAUGAUGUUGGAGUGGUACGAUGGCCUAGAGGUGAAGCUCUCGCCUCACAAUCAGGGGACUGUGAAUUUGAUCCUACGUAGAGGCAGAU